AUGUCUGACCCUUCAGUCGAAAAGACCCAAGGUAUCGAGCGCAGCUUGGAGUCGCCUAAACCCGAGCACAGCAAGACUCCCAUCGACCCUGUGCUGGAGAAGAAAUUGUUGCGCAAGUUGGAUUUCCAUGUGAUUCCCAUCCUAUGGUUUCUGUUUCUUGUCUCCUUUUUCGACCGAUCCAAUAUCGGAAAUGCGAAGAUUGCGGGUAUGACUACGGACUUGAAGAUGAAGGGAAAUGACUACAAUGUUGCCGUGACUGUCUUCACCGUUUCGUAUGUUGUUUUUGGUGUGCCAGCAAAUUUGAUGGUUAAGAAAUUCGGCCCCAAGAUUCUAUCAGUCUUUAUGUUCUGCUGGGGCCUUCUUGUCCUCGGACAGGGUCUUACCAAAACUACCUCCGGAUUGAUCGCUUGCCGAUUCCUCAUGGGCAUGUUCGAAGCCGGUUUCGUCCCGGGAUGUGCCUACCUGAUCGGUUGCUACUACAAGCGUAAUGAGUUUCUGCGCCGAUAUGCCGUGUUCUUUAGUGCCAACAUGGCUGCCGGUGCGUUCAACGGUCUCUUUUCUACUUUGUUGCAGAAGUUGAACGGCAGAGGUGGUCUUGAGGCGUGGCAAUGGAUUUUCGUUAUGGAAGCCAUUAUUACCCUCUGUGUCAGUAUUAUCGGGUUCUUCAUUAUCGUUCCAUUCCCAGAAGACGCUAAAUUCUUGACCUCUGACGAGAAAGCUCUCCUUAUGGCGCGUAUCGAAGAAGAUGGGGGAAGCGUUCGACAUGACGAAAUUACUUUGAAGCGCGUGCUCUCCAUGAUUGCCGAUUGGAAGAUCUGGAUCUGCGUUCUUGGAUAUAUGGCCGCCGAGGAAACUGCUAGUUCUUUGGUAGCUUUCCAGCCAACCAUCUUGAAGAACCUCGGCUGGACGAACACCUCUGCUCAGUGGCAUACCAUUCCUGUCUACGCGACAGCUUUCGUCCUUACCUUGAGCAGUGCAUGGCUGAGCGACUACCUCAACCACCGCUACCUGUUCACAGUAUUUGGCUCUUUGCUCAUCAUAAUCGGCUGGUCAAUUGAGCUUGCCCAUAAGAGCUCUGCCGGUGUUCUCUACAUGGGCAUGUUCUUUGUCUCGUGUGGCGCCUUCAUUAACAUGUCGACCAUUGUUGUCUGGCUUUGCACCAACGUUGGCAAGGGUGUUAAGCGUACUGUUGCCAUGGGCAUUCUUACCGGGUUCGGUAACUGUGGUGCUUUCGUCUCUGGCAACGUUUUUAUCACUGACCAGAGCCCCAAGUACCCAGUCGGUUUUGGUGUUGGAUUGGCCUUUGGUGUUGUCGGUCUCAUUGCAACUUCGGUUUAUGCGGGAUUCCUGUUGAAGGAAAAUCGUCGCCGUGAUCGGUUGCAAGGCUCGAACGAGAGGGUUUGGGACAUUGAUGAGGUAGAUCGGUUGCAGGAUCUGGGAAAGGCGCAUCCUGAUUUCCGAUUCCAGGUGUAA